AUGGGCCUUGAUGUGAAUAGCUGUUCUAAGCCGCAACAUAAGCCAGAAGAAGAGGGUGUUAUUAUUGGCUGCCGUAAAUCGGAGCUCGCCCUUGUUCAAACCCGUUCGAUCAUAUCUAAGCUGGGCCACACGCUCGACCCCUCUCCCAACUUUCAAAUUGCCACAGGCAGUGUUGUUGGCGAUGCCGAUAAACAGACAUCCUUUGCGGCCCUUUCCAAGCUGACAGGUGGCUCAGAUGUUGGCAAAAGCCUAUGGACAAACGACCUGGAAUUGGACUUGGUGGCCGGCAAGGUCCACUGUCUGGUCCACAGUUUAAAGGAUAUGCCGACUACGCUGCCACCUCAUUGUCUUCUGGGAGCGAUCCCCGAGCGUGAGGACUGUUCGGAUGCUGUUUGUAUAAGGCCUGAUUUGAAGUUCACAUCCAUCGACCAAUUACCGCCUGGUUCCAUAGUGGGAACCAGCUCUUCCAGGAGGAAAGCUCUAGUUCGGCGGAAUUGGCCUCAUUUGGAGGUUGUAGAAUGUCGCGGCAACGUAGAUACUCGCCUUGCUAAGCUUGACGCGCCUUCUUCUCCGUUUUCAUGUAUUCUCUUGGCGACCGCAGGACUGUUACGUCUGGGACUCGGUCAUCGGAUUACGCAUCGACUUGAUACUAGUAUAUUCCCUUACGCAGUAGGUCAGGGCGCCCUCGGGGUCGAGAUUAGCACGAACCGUCCGGAUAUACUCGAGCUGGUCCGCCAUGUCGACCAUAAGCCGUCGAGAUGGCGCGGGAUAGCAGAGAGAGCGAUGCUUCGAAGUCUCCAGGGAGGAUGCUCGUCACCAAUCGGCGUGCGGUCAUCUCUGGAGCCUCUGAAAGAGGAAAACAGAUUGACAGAGGACACACGACGAGGCCGUGAUGGUAGCGGCGGCAACCUUACCUUGCAAGCCAUGGUACUUCAUAUCGAAGGAACGUCGGAGAUUGUUGCUGAGGAUGCGGCUACUGUCCAGUGCGACGAAGAAGCAGAGAAACUUGGUGUCUCAGUCGCGAACAUGCUUCUUCGCAAGGGGGCCCGAACCCUAAUGCCAAAACAAUUCUAG